GCAGCAUAACCGUGAAACCCUGUCCAUCCACAUCGGACAGGCUGGUGUUCAGAUAGGCGAAGCAAUCUGGAAACAGUACGGCCUGGAGCCUGUUAUCUGCCUGUUUCCAAGCCUGGAUCUUGAAAUGCUCAUAGGAGAAACGCAUUCAAGUGUAUUCCCGAUUUAUUUCUAAUCAAAGUAGCCUUAUAAAGUGGGUAGUCAACAAAUCCUUUGUGAACUGAUGAGAAGGAGCUAAAUUUAAUCGGUGAGAAAGUAAAAUAAAUUUAAAAAAAUCGAAAAAUGCCGCGGCAGCAUAACCGUGAAACCCUGUCCAUCCACAUCGGACAGGCUGGUGUUCAGAUAGGCGAAGCAAUCUGGAAGCAGUACGGCCUGGAGCACGGAAUUGGAAAGAAUGGACAGAGGAUAGCAUCGGAGAAAGAUUGUAGUGACGCUGGUUUCUGCGAGUGUCCUACGUUCUAUUCGGAUAAUGGAGAAGGACGAUAUGUUCCGAGGGCUAUAUUCAUCGACACCGAACCGAUGGUGAUAGAUCAACUGCAGAUGUCCGACAUUGGAGAGCUGUUCAACCCGGAAUAUCUGAUACGAGGUAAGGAAGAUGCCGCCAAUAACUAUGCCCGCGGAUACUACACACUAUCGCACAGAACGCUUGGUGGAGCGAUGGAAGCAGCACGACAGAUAGCCGAAGAUGCAGACAACCUGCAGGGUAUGAUUUUGUAUCACUCGUACGGAGGUGGAACGGGCUCGGGCGUCGCAGCACAUCUGCUGCAAGAACUUGCCGAGGAGUUCCCGCGCAAGUGUCGUCUAUCGUUCUCGGUGUAUCCUUCGCCGUAUCUGUGCACAAGCGUCGUCGAACCGUACAACACCGUGCUUAUGACGCACCGGACGAUCAACUUGAUGGAGUGUUCGUUUAUGAUGGACAACCAAGCGAUCUACAACAUUUGCAGCUCAAGACUUUCGAUUGAGAGGCCUAGUUAUGCGAACCUAAACCAGCUAAUCAGUCAGGUAGUGUCUGGAGUAACGGCUUCCCUACGAUUCGGGGGCGAUCUCAACGUAGACAUGAGCGAAUUUCAGACAAACCUCAUUCCCUAUCCAAGAUUACAUUAUCCAGUCAUAUCGUUUGCUCCAAUUAUUUCCUGUGAAUCUGUAAAUCACGAAAAGCUGGACAUUGGAGCGCUCACAAAAACGCUGUUUGAGCCGGACUACCAGAUGGUGCGGUGUGGACUGUCGGGACGGGACAAAUACAUGGCGUGCUGCUUACUCUACCGCGGACACAUAUUGCCAAAAGACAUUAACGAAGCCAUCGCAAGCAUCAAGGCCACACGCAGCAUACGGUUCGUCGAUUGGUGUCCCACAGGGUUCAAGAUCGGAAUCAAUGCAAUGGCCCCGAAAAUGGCGCCCGAUGGAGAUCUAGCGCCGGUAAGACGGUGCGUAACGAUGCUCGCCACCCGGACGGCCGUGUCCGACGCGUGGAGCAACAUCGACGAGAAGUUCGACAUGAUGUACCGGAAGCGUGCGUUCGUGCACUGGUACGUCGGGGAGGGCAUGGAGCAGUUCGAGUUUAGCGAAGCCCGAGAAAAUCUCGCCAGUCUCGAGAUGGAUUAUCGUGAAGCAGGCCUAACGGACAGUGCAUCCCAAAGUGACUACUCGGAAUACUAGAACUUCAGGAACUUUGGUAAAAACAGAAGAGGAAGAACAACACAGUAUCACACAUUUUCGUCAACUAUAUUCACUAAGUAAGGAUGCUAAUAUUUGCUCUGCUGUGUUUUUUUAGAAGGUUUUUGGCGCGCUCGCAUGUUAUGGUUUGCAUGAUUAUUGAUUCUGAUUAGAUGAACAUGUUCCACGAUGCUGGUAUUCGUCCGCUCGUACCAAACGGCAUAUUAACGCGCAUUCGCUUUUUACGGUGCUGUAUGUAUGUAUAGUUUGGUCGCAUAUAUGUCUUUUGUUUUUAAAUUUGUUUUUUUUUCUUUUAUCAACCACAAGCCGAAUAAUUGAAACUAA